AAAACGUCAAUCGAAGCCGUAAAAAGGCGGAAGUCAGCAAGGCUCAAGACGACGGGAGACAGCUUGGUGUUUAAGUACGGUAGUGUACUCACGGUCCCGCCGAGACAACAUCAAAAAUGUUGAAAGAGUUGGUGAAGGAGCGACUAAUGGCGGCGGCUGAGGAAAUAUUCGGGCUAUUUGAAAGAACGCUGGCGUCGUACGAGGAGGAACUUUCUCGAACGAGAGAAGACAGCUGGCGGCGUCGACAACAACAGGAAGCAGUUAGCAAUACUCACGUUGUGCGACACGUUGAAGGCGCCCAGCGGCCGAUUGGUUAUCAAGAAGAAUGCCCCCCUCAGCCACAGGAGGGGAGCUCCACUUUGAAGCAGGAGGAUCCCCAGCCCACCCACGUCAAAGAGGAAGAGGAGAAAUCCUGGACGACUCAGGAGGGAGAGCGUCAUCUGGGCCCGGAGGAGGUUGAGCUCACCAAGUUGCCACUGACUGGUGUCUCUAUGAAGACUGAAGACCAUGAAAACCAACCACAGGCAGACGACCUCUUAGCUCCGCUAUCAGAUAGCGACGACACAACGUCACACUCUCCUGAGGAUGAAGACGGGGGCGACACCCAAGAACCUUUGAGCAGUGAUACAGACUGUGAGGGUCUGAAUGCUGAGUGCUCUAAAAACGAGACGGGUAAAACAUGUUUCACCUGCCCAGUUUGUGCAAAAAGCUUUUCUGACAAGAGUUAUUUUCCGCUACACAUGAGAACGCACACUGGGGAGAAACCCUUUAGCUGUCCAGUUUGUGACAAAAAAUUCUCUCAAAAUUCACAUCUGCUGUCACACAUGAGAACGCACACAGAAGAAAAACCUUUCAGUUGCCCGGUUUGUGGUAAACGAUGCACUCAAAAGUCAAACAUGCUGUCACACAUGGUAACGCACACAAAAAAAAAACCCUUUGGUUGCUCGGUUUGUGGUAAAACGUUUGCUCAGAAGGUGUCUCUGAUUGCACAUGAAGAAAAACACACUGGAGAAAAACCCUUUAGGUGUUCAGUUUGCGGCAAAGGCUUUUCUUACAAGACGAGGAUGAGAGCACACAUGCUGGCACACGAUGGAGAGAAUAAUUUUGGUUGCUCAGCCUGUGGGGAAAGAUUCUCUCAAAUGGUGGAACUGCGAUCACACAUGAGGACACACACGGGAGAGAAACCUUUUAGCUGUCCAGUUUGUGACAAACAAUUCUCUCAAAAUUCACAUCUGCGAUCACACAUGAGAACGCACACCGAAGAAAAACCUUUUAGUUGCCCAGUUUGCGGUAAACGAUGCACUCAAAAGUCAAACAUGCUGACACACAUGUUAACUCACACUGAAACAAAACCUUUUGGUUGCUCGGUUUGUGGUAAAACGUUUGCUCAGAAGGUGUCUCUGAUUGCACACGAAGAAAAACACACUGGAGAAAAACCCUUUAGGUGUUCCGUUUGCGGCAAAGGCUUUUCUUACAAGACGAGGAUGAGAGCACACAUGCUGGCACACGACGGACUCAAUGGCUUCAGUUGCUCGGUCUGUGGGGAACGAUUCUCUCAAAAGGCGGAACUGCGAUCACACAUGAGAACACACACAGGAGAAAAAUCCUUUGAUUGUUCACUUUGUGGUAAAAGUUACUCUUAUAAGAAAAGUUUGGCAGUACACAUGCGGACACACAAUGGAGAAUAAACGUUUUCCUGUCCAGUUUGUUUGUUUAAUUUAUGCAUUAUUUGUAUGUAUGCAGUUAUUUUCUUGACAA